AUGCCCCACCGCAACGCCAUGCCCACCAGCCCCUCCGCUGCCACCCACGCCUUGACGUCCUUCACCGGCACGCCAGCGCGCGCGCGGAGCUCCUUGAUCGCCGCGAGGUUCCCCCCUCUGCCGGAUGCUUCCACCGCUCCUGCUACCCCGGCCCCAGCUUGCGCGCAACACCCGGCGCUGCUGCUGGUGGCGGAGAACGCGCGGGAGCGCCUGGCCGCACGCACGCGCGUGGCGGGGCAAGAGGUCGAGGUACUAGAGGCAGUGGAGGCAGCGGAGGAAGCGGAGAGAAGCAGGGAAGCGGCGAAGCGGGGAAACGGGGAAUCAGAGAAGUGGGGAAACGGAGAAUCGGGGAACCAGGGAAGCGGGGAGGCGGGGAAGCGGGGAGGCGGGGAAGCGGGGAGGCGGGGAAGCGGGGAAGCGGAGAAGCAGGGAAGCGGGGAAGCGGAGAAGCGGGGAAGCGGGGAAGCAGGGACGCGGGGAAGCGGGGAAGCGGGGAGGCGGGGAAGCGGAGAAGAGGGGAAGCGAGGAAGCCGAGAAAAGAUUGACCUGAACAACAUGGAUGAGGAAAUGGCUGAAAAGGAACCUGCUGAAAACUCCCCUGCUAAGAACCCUCUAGCUGCUGAAAAUUCCAAGGAGCAGGAAGAGGAGUCUCAAGAGGAUGACAUUGAGUUGGAAGGGGAAGAGGACAUUCUGCAUGUUGAAAUUGCUAAGCUGCAGGAUCAUGUUGUUGAGCAGGAUACGCGCAUCCAGCAGCAGCAGUCACUCAUUACCAACCUCAAGAGGGAGCUCUUUGACCAGGACAACAAAAUCAAGUACCUGGAAGUUGAGCUUAAGAACAUGAAACACGACGCACGGGAGCACGUUCAUCAGUUGGCGAGACAGACUUCAAAGAUCAACGAGCUGCAUGAGGCUUUCAGGGCCCUACGAAGGGAGACCAUGUUUUGCCCUGCACCACGAGCGGACCCGCCUGCCAACUCUACUAGCGGGCGCACCCACCCUUCUCGCUCUGGUGGUGUGGCGGGUGACCCCGGACCUUCUACGCAGCGUGCUGCUGAGCUGAACAUGCAGGUUUUUUGCUCUCUGCCAAUUACCCUCCCGCCAUUCAUCCAUGGCAAGACGGAUAUGGCAGCAUGGUUGUCGAUGAUGACCGACCUGUUCAAGGCUCACAAGGUCCAUGACGACGCUCGCGUCAUCGCUGCCACCACCGUGCUGGACCAGAAUGCACAGCGAGUGGUGUAUGGCAGCAAGAUCCAGGCUGAGGCGGAUAGUAAGCCGUUUGGGUGGGAGGAAUUCGCCUCUGCACUCAAGCAAGCUUUCCAGGUCCAGCCGACCCAGCUGGAGGUGCGCAUUUGCCUUGAGAAGCUGCAGUGCGGGAACCGCACAGUUCAGCAGUACGCUGUGGAGUUCGAGGAGAUCUGGGUGCUGCAGAAACCGGCGGAACGUAUGAGCGAAGGCAAGAAGAUCCACCUCUUCUUCAAGGGCCUGCCUGAGCACCUCCAGAGCAUGCACAUGACGGAUGGGGCUGGGGAGUCGUGGAGGUCCUACGAUCACGUGAAGCGCAUGGUGGGGACCACUGAUAAGCAUUUCCGUGCUUAUGCGAAAACUACUACCCAGCCGCAGCAGGCCUCAAUGCCGUCGUCUAGCCCUGCGGGUCCUAGCGGAAGGCAGCAGGCAACGCCUUGGAAGGGCGGGAACCACAAGAGGCCUUUCUAG